GACCUCGGAUGCACCCAAUGGCUUAUUCGAGGCUCUUCACACCUCGCAACUUCGCCAUCUUCUCCUUCCUGUCUCUCGGCGGCGGAUAUAUGAUGCUCAAGUCCCGAGCCCUAGCUGCAAAGCAAAGAGAGAGAGCUGUGGGCGACUACAGCGUAUCCGUUGAUCGGUCGGGCGGCGGCAUCUGAGUCCUAGGACAGGCACACGACGUUAUGACCACGGCAGUACU